CACUGAGUCACCGGAGAAUGUAACAUGGCAGUUAUUGCAUCGAUAUAUGAAUACAUGAACCCUCCCCCUGUUGUCAAUGGCGUAAAUUUCUUUCUCCGGCUUAAUCCUCCCAGUCUCUCCCAGUGAAUAUGAAAACCACGCGUCCCGUGUUCCCGGUCCCACCACCACCGAUUGUAACACCUCGAUUGCUUCUUCGACCAAUUCAACAGACUGAUCUAGCUGCUUUUGUUGUACUACGGAACCAGGCGGAGGUCAUGAAAUGGACGAGCCAGGGGAAACCAGACGCGAGCCAAGAUGCGACUCAAGUCUGGAUGAAUCGAUUUCUGCCGCCAAAUGAUGCUACCACUUUCAACUUCGCCGUGGAAGAGCGUUUGCUCCCAGGGAAAGCCAUAGGGGUCAUGGGAUGUUAUAUUAUCGAACCGCCUGAGGUCGGAUAUAUGUUUGUUAAAGAGGCAUGGGGUAAGGGCUAUGCCACGGAAGCCUUCCAGGGAUGGCUGCAAGCAUACUGGCAACUGCCCAGGAAAGAGGUGGUAAUCAACGAAGAUGACGAUGACAAUACAGACACGUGGAGGCCAGAGGUUUUGACGGCAGACACAGUUGAGAACAAUCUUGGAAGUGCUCGAAUAUUGGCUAAAUAUGGGUUCCAGAAGGUUUCGGAGGAAAUGAUCGUUGAGCAUGGCGAGACAGUCAGGUUGAUCCAUCUCGAGUUGGCGCGACCGGAGUCAUGGUAGCAUGCUUCAGGGGGUUUUGACCGCGUCACCUAGAACAUUAGGGUAUUUUUCCGCUGCCU